AUGGCUGAGCUGAACGAUUUCCUUGCGGAACUUCCAUCUGAAUCAGCCGUGAAGAAGGCUGCAACUGAGAGUAGAUUUGAAUCAGAUGACGACGAUGAUAGCGAAGUCGAUGAGAGUGGUGUUAAUGAACGUAUGGACGAUGGAGAGGGGGUUUGUGAAGAUAAGGAGAAGCCAGGUGAGGCAUCCCAAAUGUCUCCUUCGAGAAGAGAACGAGUCCCGCGAACCAUCACUGAUGAUGACGGUUGGACGACAAUAUUACCGAGGAAGUAA